AUGGCAAAGUACUCGGUCAUCCUUCUCGGACUCGACAAUGCGGGCAAGACGACAUUCCACGAACAGGUCAAGGCCAUGUUCCGACCUGACGGGCCUGGGCCGAAGCUACGGACGGUGCCGACGGUGGGCCAGAACGUGUCGACCAUCACCCUGCCUGACAUGUACCUGAAGCUGUGGGACGUGGGAGGGCAGAUGACGCUGCGCAACCUCUGGCACAGCUACUACUCCAGCUGUCACGCCAUCGUCUUCAUCAUCGACAGCACCGACAUCGGCGACGGGGGGGUGGCAGACCACGAGUACGAGCACGGCACCGCCGACGGCGUAGGCCGGGGAGGAGGUGCGGGAGGUGGCGCGGGCGUCCGCGCGGGCGUCCGCGCAGGCGGUGUCGGUGUCGGCGGCGUCGGCGUCGGCGUCGGCGGUGGCGGCGACGGGGAUGGGGGCGUCAACGGUCGGCUGGAUGAGUGCCGCGCCGUCCUGGAAGACGUGCUGCAGCACUCCGACACCGAGGGCGUGCCCCUGCUCAUACUGGCCAACAAGCAGGACAGGGAGGACUGCGUCGAGACGAUCCGAAUCAAGGAGGGCCUCGUCAAGAAGGUCAUGGAGGGCGAGAAGGGUCACAGCAUCCGAGACUCUAGGGUCCUGUCCAUGAGCGCCCUCACCGGUGACGGCGUCAAGGAGGCCAUCGACUGGAUCCGCACAAGGGUCCAGUGGAACAAGGAGUCUAGGCCGCCAGUCAUGCGGUAG